UUCCGGUGGCGAAUUGAAAAGAGGCAGUCUGUGCGAGUCGCGCUGCUAAAAAUGAACGUUAAAGCGUAGCACCUUGCCGUAAUCAAAUGCAAUCACAUAGUGCAAUUACGUCCAGUCGGACAGACAGUCAGUUUUUUUUCACCUUGCUUAUUCUUCGUGAGAAUGUUCUCAGACUUAUUCUCGUUAUGCUGCGAAAAUGUCACAGUCGACAGUGUCUGAAUUUUAUUUAUUUAAAGCUUAGCACAAAUCUUGGGUCAAAAUAAAGGGCCACGUUGUGUGCGUGUGACAAGGAAUUGUAAUCUUAUAAAAAUUUAUUUUUCGUCGUUAUUCAUUGUUAUAUGCGUUUAUUUUUCAUGAAAAAGCGACGAUAAGACGAUACGAAUAAGAAAACAAAAAUAAGUGUUUAAAAAAAAAAAAAUUAGUAUUAAAAUCAAUAUUAUAAUUUCUUCUGACUUUUUCGUCUGUGUUUCAGAUGUGCGUCCGGCGAAAACAGGCUUGGUCCGCCGUUUUCAUCAGCAACGUGUUGAUCCACACCGUUGUUAUCGCCAGUCCGAUCUAUGUUCCUCAAUUUCUACCGGGAAGCACGGGCAGAAACAUCAGGCACUUGCCCUGCGUGUCACGCAGGAGCGGUGAGACCGGCGUAUGCAUGUUUGCGUUUACCUGCGCGAAGGCUAAUGGCACGCAUCUGGGCACUUGCAUCGAUCGUUUCUACUUCGGUAGCUGCUGCAAGAUUGACGACGAGCCGGACAUCUUCCCGCAGGACAACAGCAUCGACGAUGGGCCGCCGCCGCCGCUGCCGCCAAGGCCAUUCAUCACGACCCGCAAGCCCAUCCCGAGCAGCAGCAUACCGGAGUACUUUGCGAGACCGAAGCCGACAGAUGAGAGGAAACCAGCAGAGGCUCCUCAAACCACGACAACGCCUGUAAUCUCGAGCACGCAAAGCACGCAAAGCACGCAAGCUUUAGCGAGUACAUCGAGAAACACGACAAAGUUGGCGACGAAGAAGCCAACAAUCACGACGGUCGAAAUGACUACGCAGACUACUCGUCUCACUACCUUCCAAACUGUGCAAAGCGCCGCUGGGUCCAGCACGGAAGCUGCGUUGUUGAAGAGCACCGCCAGUACCGUGACUAGACCGGCAAGUACAUCCCCAAGUACGACGAGGCAGCCUACGAAACCGCACACUUCGGCUUCCACUUUGCGACCUAGCAGCGAAGACGUGACAAAACCGGCGAUCACUACGACGGUGUCGAAAGCGACCACGAAGAAACCCGCUCUCUCUACGAUAACCGUGCAGAGACCGACAGUGCAAACUUCUCAGAAGCCGCUAGCUUCGACCACUCGCAGGCCGAUCCUUCAAUCAACUACGACGAAGAACAUUCUCACGACUACGCAGCAAGUGGCACCCUCGACCAGAUUCCCGCCGAGGAACACGACGUCGCCCAAACCGUUGAGUCAGACAACUAUCAAAAAGCCUAUUAGUACUGUCACCAGCACCAAGAGACCUGCCACCACCAUUAACACCGUGAUAACGAAACGCCCGGUGACAAUCACAAAAAAACCUACUAUUCCGACAAAAAUACCGAGUCCUUCGAGUCCUUCGAGUCCUUCGAAUCCUUCGAGUCCUUCGAAGCCUCCCGCAAACUCUAGCCUUGGUACUACUCUACCAGUGACGAGCAGGCCGCUCUCGACCUCCGGCUCGUUCAGCAAUAUCGGAUCGUCCACGAAUGUCACGGAGAGUACUUUAGCCUCCACUGGAACCAGACCGUCGACUAUCGCAAUAUCAACAGCUACAAGCGCGAGUAGUCAAAAGAUUUCCGCUACGACGAAGAGCCCGGAUCAGACAGUGACUACCGCGAGAACAACGACUCUGAGGACGACGCCGAAGACGACAACGUCAACGAAAACGUCGACAAUCAGAUCAACCACUGUCAGACCUACGACAAUAACUAAAACAACGACCGAUGGCAAAACGACGACGUUUAGACCGUCGCUGUCUACUACAACAAGGCCGAAACCUACUAGGAUUGCCAGCACGACAACCAAGACCACUAAACCCGAACACGAAAACAGUACCGUGACGACUACAGAGAGAACGAAGCCGUUGUUGUCGUCGACCGUCGGAUUGACGGUCGGUGCUACAAGACCCAAACCCACCACAACAAAACCAGUAACUAAACCUUUGACAAAGAUUCCGGUAAACACAUCAUCCAGCAUCAUAGAAGUUACCACGAGCAUUUCGAGUUCCAUAUCCACGUUUACCGUUAGGAACGAAAGCACCUCGACCUACGUGCCUCCCACCAAGGGUCAGAAUGUUAAUCACACCCUCGAGGAAAUCCCGUUGACUACCUAUUCCCCGGGCUUGGUGACAUGGAGUUCGAACUCUGACGAAGUCACCGCAAAGACGCCCGACACGUCCUCGUCAACGUCGACAGAGGCUACAACAUCAGAGCAAGCGGAAACUGAUUGGUCGCCGAUAACGACUCCGGACAGCUGGAUAAUGAUUCAAUCGCCUUCCACCGAAAAUUUACCGCAGACUCAAGAGUCGACGACCGAACCGGUUGCGGAAUCCACUGUACAGUCUUGGACUUCUGCCAAACCAAUAACGGAGAGCACUAUCAAUCCCGAUAUCACAACAAAACCGAUGAUGACCACUUUGCCGUCAACGAUCACCGGUAUUACGAUCGACACGGAACUUCCGGUACCGAUGGAGACUCUCAAUAUGUCAGACUACAAACAAGUGUGCGGACGACGGCUGUUUCCGGAGCCCAGAAUUGUCGGUGGUGAUCGAAGCUCUUUCGGAAAAUGGCCCUGGCAGAUCUCGUUACGUCAAUGGCGAUCGCAGACGUAUCUGCACAAAUGCGGCGCGGCAUUAUUGAACGAGAACUGGGCUAUUACCGCGGCGCACUGCGUCGAAAGUGUACCACCCAGCGAUCUAUUGUUAAGGAUCGGCGAGCACGACUUGGCGAACGAAGACGAGCCAUACGGAUAUCAGGAAAGAAGAGUGCAAAUUGUAGCGAGUCACCCGCAGUUCGACGCGCGGACCUUCGAGUACGAUCUCGCCCUUCUGAGAUUCUACGAGCCCCUUCUACCCUUCCAGCCGAACGUCUUGCCGAUCUGCUUGCCCGAUGACGAUGAAAGUUACGUUGGUCGCACCGCCUAUGUUACUGGCUGGGGCAGACUUUACGACGAGGGACCACUGCCGUCCGUAUUGCAGCAAGUUGCAGUACCAGUCAUUAAUAACACCGUAUGCGAAGCGAUGUAUAGAAACGCGGGUUACAUCGAGCACAUUCCGCACAUUUUUAUCUGUGCCGGUUGGAGAAACGGUGGAUUUGACUCCUGCGAGGGCGACAGUGGUGGUCCGAUGGUUAUUCAAAGGGCGCGAGACAAGCGGUGGAUCUUAGCCGGAAUCAUCAGCUGGGGAAUCGGUUGCGCCGCGCCUAAUCAGCCCGGUGUUUAUACGCGCAUCUCGGAAUUUCGCGAAUGGAUCAAUCAGAUUCUACAGUUCUGAACCCGUCGGCGAAGCUCGAAAUUCGCGCUCUCGUACCGCGCCGACUCCUUCGGACAUCCGAGACGACCGCCAAGCGGACAAACGGCACCAUCUGGUGCCGGAGCUGUGAGCCAAGUGCAAUUUAGUGCAAAAAAGGGAAAAAGGGAAAUAAGAGAUUUAGCGCGGAAAUUCGCGGAGAUCUGUGUGCGCGUUGCGAACUCGGACGAUGUAUGGCGCCACUGAUUCGACUCUCGCAAAUAAAGUUUAUCGCUCGAAUCUCUAAGGGACUAUUCUUAAAGGGGUAUCUAUGAAUGUACGUUCAGAAUCUGAUGAAUCAAGUCAUCUGAUGAAGGCAUGAAUCUAAAAAUAAUAAUGAAAAAUGCGCCGAGCGCAUUGACUGCACAUAUAGACGAGGAAAAUAGAAGAAACACUCGCAAAAAGACGAAAUCUAAGUCUUUUUUUUAUCUCUAAUAUAGAAAUGAUAUCAUUGUGACGAGAAGAUUUAAUAUCUUCUUAUCAUAUAUGUCAGACUCUUUUCCCGAAUAAAAAUUCGACGAUAAGUUUAUUCAGUGAAGGAACAGAA